AAAAAAAAAAAAGAAAAUUCAACCACAACCUUCUUCGUCUCUUAUCAAACUCUGCUAAACUCUCUUUGAGACAUCCAGAUUCGAGUCUUAAGUAUGUCUGAAAUUGGCCACGUCGGUGGUUCAGUGGAGGAGGAGAAAGAUAUGAAGAUGGAGGAAGCUGCUGAAGUAGGCGGCGGAGGAGGAAACCGGUGGCCAAGACCGGAGACUUUAGCUCUCUUGAGAAUACGUUCGGAGAUGGAUAAAGCCUUUCGUGACUCCACUCUCAAAGCUCCCUUAUGGGAAGACAUCUCCAGGAAAAUGAUGGAGCUUGGUUACAAUAGAAGAGCAAAGAAAUGUAAAGAGAAGUUCGAGAAUGUGUAUAAGUAUCACAAACGUACCAAAGAAGGUCGUACAGGAAAAUCCGAAGGCAAAACUUACCGAUUUUUUGAAGAGUUACAAGCUUUGGAGGCUCUCAAUUAUUUUCCACCUGAACCCGAGUCACAACCCGCAAAAUCUUCUACAGCCACCACGACCGUGACCGCAACCGUAACCGCAACCACAUUUUUGAAACAUCAUCAUAAUCAGGUUAGUGUGAAACCCAUAGCCACUAACCCUACCUUCCUCACCAAGCAACCGUCUCCUACAACAUCUUUCCCUAUUUAUAACAACAACCAUAAUACUGGUUUUAGACCAACUUCGAAUGACUUGAUAAACAUGAACCUUUUCUCGAGCUCAACUUCUUCAUCUACUGCAUCUGAAGAGGAAGAGGAGGAUCAUCAUCAGGACAAGAAAUCAAGAAAGAAGAGGAAAUAUUGGAAAGGGUUGGUUACUAAGUUAACUAAAGAGUUGAUGGUGAAACAAGAGAAGAUGCAAAAGAAAUUCUUGGAAACUUUGGAGAAUCGAGAAAGAGAGAGAGUCUCAAGAGAAGAAGCUUGGAGGGUACAAGAGGUAGCGAGAAUCAAUAGAGAACACGAAACACUAGUCCAUGAGAGGUCUAAUGCUGUUGCUAAAGACGCUGCCAUCAUAUCCUUCUUACACAAAAUCUCAGGACAACAACAACCACAUCAGAAACAUAGAGUACCACAAAGGAAACAAUAUCAUAGUGAACAUUCAAUAACAUUUGAGAGUAAAGAGCCAAGCGCGGUUCUAUUAGAUGGCAACCAUUCACUAUCUCCUAGCUCUUCAAGAUGGCCUAAGACCGAGGUCGAGGCCUUAAUAAGGAUAAGGAAAAAUCUUGAAGCUAACUAUCAAGAAAAUGGUACUAAGGGGCCAUUAUGGGAAGAGAUCUCUGGAGGGAUGAGAAGAUUGGGAUACAAUAGAAGCGCGAAACGAUGCAAAGAGAAGUGGGAAAAUAUUAACAAGUAUUUCAAGAAAGUCAAAGAGAGCAACAAGAAACGACCUCUUGAUUCUAAGACUUGCCCUUAUUUUCACCAGCUUGAAGCUUUGUACAAUGAGAGGAACAGAAGUGGAGCAUUGCCAAUAUUGCCUCUAAUUGUAACUCCACAGAGACAGUUGCUUCUCCCACAAGAAACGCAGUCUGAGUUUGAGACUAAUCAGAAGGACAAUGUUUGUAGUAAAGAAGGAGAGAGUGAAGAAGAUGAUUACGUAGAUGAAGAUGAAGAUGAAGAAGGAGAAGGAGACAAUGAGACAAGUGAGUUCGAGAUUGUGUUAAACAAAACAUCUUCACCCAUGGACAUCAACAAUAAUAUUUUCACCUAAAUGUUUUUUUUUACAAUCCUCUAUAAAUACUUUUCUGUCAAACUACCCAAUGUUGUGAAAAAAACAUAUACAACAAAUUUAAGUAAAUAGCUUGAUCUUUUAAUUA